AUGAUUGUCAAUAAAGUUAUCGCCAAUAAUGAUGGUCAAAUUAUUCAAGGUGUUAAAAGUGAAAGUUGGUUUAAAGAUCUUAUUGGCUUUCAUGCUACCGAAUCACUUCCACCAGAUCUGAUGCAUGAUAUCGCUGAAGGUAUGUGCCCGCUCAUCAUAAGUGCUUUAUUAAAAGAAACUAUUCAGCAACGUCUUUUGACUUAUGCAGAAAUUGAACAACGCACAUCAUGUUUCAACUACGGAUUCUAUGAUUCAUCAAAUAAACCACCACCUGUGAAAAAACAACAACUAAGUCAUUCAAACAUUGCUGGCUCUGCUAGUCAAAAAUUGUGUUUUUUUCGUUUAUUCCCAAUUGUCUUUCGCGAUAUUAUCGAUGACCUUACUCUACUUCCACUAUACACUAUUUUACGUGAAAUUAUAAGCUACAUAUAUGCCAAUCCAGUUAGAAAAUCAUGGUUAUCGUACUUAGAUGGUUUAUGUAAACAAUUUCAUUCUCUCAUGAUCGAACAUUUACCUGAUCAUGUAACACCAAAAGUACAUUUCGUAACCGAAUAUCCUCGUUCUAUUGAAAUUCAUGGACUCCCAAUAUUGAACUCCUGCAUACGUUUUGAAGCUAAACAUUUAUAUUUCAAGCAAAUUGCUAUUCGCACAUUUAACUUUAAAAAUCCUCUCCUUACUCUCUCGAAACGUCAUCAAUUACGUCAUUGUAUGUUGAACAAUUCCAAUUCAUUCUCUUACUCGUCAUCGAUAACAGUUCGAUCGUCUAAAUCAAUUGAAUGGUCUAAACUUUCUAUUCCUGUUCGACGUUUAUUGAUGGACCACGUGAAUCAAACUGAUUUAAUAUGUGAAUAUACUUCGAUUUAUUAUCAUCAUAUUAAUAUUAGGACUGGAUCAAUAGUUGUUCAUCAUCUUGUACAUGCUGAAGAAAUUCCAGUAUUUUGCCAGAUUCAUCAUCUAUUAAAUAUCAAAGAAAAAUGUAUUAUCAUUGCCGAAAUGUUAAAUACAGUUUCGUUUAAUGAAAAAUUAUGGUCAUAUGAAGUUGAAUUUACAGAAACAUUGGUUAAAAUUGAUAUAGAACAUUACGAAGACAUUGAUGGUUCAACAUUGAUUUUACUUCAACAUAAUGAUAUUGCUGAAAUAUUUCCUCGAAUAAAAGAUCGUGUAAAAUUUGUUGAUCAACGUACAAAAUUAAUUUUAAACUUGAACGAACAAAAUGAAAAUACUGAUGGAACAACAACAACAACUAAUAUAUUUGAUUUAACAUCAUCAUCAUCAUCAUCAUUUAAACCUGUAGAUUCAUUACAAGAGAAUGAUAUACUUAGCCCAUCUGUUUUAAAUGAAAAAAAUGAAUCAAAUAAUGAUAUUCAUCAAAUAACAGAUACUAAUCUUUCAUCAAGUAUCACUUUUUCUGAUGAUAAUGAUGAUAUUUAUGCUAAAGCAAAAUUACCUUCAGAUUAUCAAGGUCCUGAUUUAACUAUCAGAAUGCAGCAUUACGUUGACGAUAAUAAUAUUUCAAAAUUUAAUCCACAUACAGCUUUGCGUGGUGAACUACUAUCGCUUCUUUUUGAUGAUGUAACAAAAUCAUAUCAACUACUUUAUCCAACUAAUGACGAAUAUUUGACUAUGGCAAAGUGUUUGGUAAAGAAACUGCAUGUUCCUUCAGCAUUGUAUCAUGAUGUAGUGAAAGAUUGGCAUGAAAGUAUCAAGCAGAAAUUUAAACGUGAACGUAAACCUUUACAAAUAACUACUAAUUUUGUGAAAAGUAAACAAGAAAAAUAUGGUAAUGGUAAAACGAAUGGAAGACCGAAAAAAAAAAGUACUAUUUUACAAGCUGAACGUCGAAUUAAUGAUAUACCAAUUAUUAGUAUAGCUGAUCGACAAAAUGAAAAUAUUUUAUCUAUAGUUGAUCAAAUGAAAUUACAAUUACUUAAAGAUGAUCCUGAUCUUGAUUUUUUUCGUAAUCUUUGGCGACAAUCAUUUAAUAUUCGUCGUUUAUGUAUUCGUGAUUUAACUGUAACUGAAAUACUUGAACGUUUUCCCGGUUAUCGUCUUUCAGAAAUGGUAAGUGCUCCCGAUAAUAGUUUACUAAAAAUAUUUUUUGAGACAAACUCAAAUAUGAACAAUUAA